CGGACGGUGAUAGCUUGCGCGAAGCAGCUACUGCUGCGACAUCUCCCUCUGCACCUGCUCCGGGCCUGAGCUCGUCGCUGGGCUGGAAGGAGCGGCUGCGGGCCGGGCUGGCGGGAACUGGGGCCUCGCUGUGUGACAAUAUUUUUAAAUUCACUGACGCCCAAAUUCUAUGUGGCACUUACAGGGACAUCAUCUUUAAUAUCAGGACUAAUAUUUAUAUUUGAAUGGUGGUACUUCCAUAAGCAUGGCACAUCUUUUAUUGAGCAAGUGUCUGUAAACCAUUUGCGACCACUGAUGGGAGGAACAGAGAGCAGCAUUUCAGAGCCAGGUUCUUCCAGCAACAAAGAAAGUGAAACCAGCAGACAGAAUUUGACAGAAUGCAAGGUAUGGAGAAACCCUCUCAACCUUUUCAGAGGAGCAGAAUAUAGAAGAUACACUUGGGUGACUGGUAAAGAGCCACUUACGUACUAUGACAUGAACUUGUCAGCUCAGGAUCAUCAAACCUUUUUCACCUGUGACACUGACUUUUUACGUCCUUCAGACACAGUUAUGCAGAAGGCAUGGAGGGAAAGAAAUCCUCCAGCUCGAAUCAAAGCAGCCUAUCAAGCUUUAGAAUUAAACAAUGACUGUGCCACUGCAUACGUUCUACUGGCUGAGGAAGAAGCAACAACAAUUGUAGAUGCUGAGAGGUUAUUUAAACAGGCACUCAAAGCAGGAGAGACAAUUUAUAGGCGGUCGCAGCAGUGCCAGCACCAAAGUCCUCAGCAUGAAGCCCAACUGAGAAGAGAUACCAAUGUACUGGUAUAUAUUAAAAGAAGAUUGGCAAUGUGUGCAAGAAAACUAGGAAGAAUAAGAGAAGCAGUAAAAAUAAUGAGAGAUUUGAUGAAAGAAUUUCCUCCUCUUACCAUGUUGAACAUCCAUGAAAAUCUUCUAGAAUCCCUUUUAGAACUACAGGCCUAUGCAGAUGUUCAGGCAGUCCUAGCAAAAUAUGAUGAUAUAAGCCUUCCAAAGUCAGCAGCAAUCUGUUAUACAGCAGCUCUGCUAAAGACAAGGACUGUUUCAGAUAAAUUCUCUCCAGAAACAGCCUCCAGAAGAGGGUUAAGCACAGCAGAAAUUAAUGCCGUGGAAGCAAUUCAUAGAGCUGUGGAAUUUAACCCUCAUGUUCCAAAAUAUUUGCUAGAGAUGAAAAGUCUAAUUUUACCUCCAGAACACAUUCUGAAACGGGGCGAUAGUGAAGCAAUUGCCUAUGCUUUCUUUCAUCUUCAGCACUGGAAGCGAAUAGAAGGUGCCCUUAAUCUGCUACAGUGUACCUGGGAAGGCACUUUUAGAAUGAUUCCCUACCCAUUGGAAAAAGGCCAUCUAUUUUACCCCUAUCCCAGCUGCACGGAGACUGCUGAUAGAGAGCUUUUACCGACCUUUCAUCAUGUUUCUGUUUACCCAAAGAAGGAGCUUCCUUUUUUCAUCCAUUUCACAGCAGGACUUUGCUCUUCUACAGCAAUGAUAGCCUUUCUCACACACCAGUUCCCUGAAAUCAUGGGUGUUUUUGCUAAAGCUGUAAGUAUGAUCUCUAGGACUUGAUAGAAUCUGUAAAACACACAAGAAACCAUCUCUGAUCUGUUUGUGCUAAACCUGUUGAAAGGUGGAAGAUACUUGUUACGGUAAAUUACAGGAAUUGUUUUGUAAAGUUGCUGCCAUAACUGUGUCAAACAUAAGUCUUUGGUAAUCUGAGUUAUACAUCUGUUGUUUAAAAGUUUAAAGAAUAUUAUGCUAUAACGUUAUAACAUUGAUUUUGUAGAUCAUUUUUGGACAUAAACAAUACUUGUUACUAACUAAAGAAUAAUCCAACUCUUUUUUUUUUUUUACCGUUAAUGCAUUUUCUUUGGUAUUUAAAAAAUCCCUUAUUUUGUAAACAAGCCUUUUGAUUUUUCCAUUUAAAUGAAAUCUUUAAUUCUAAGAAUUUGCUGAACUUUAAAUUCAAGAGUGUAACUAGGCUAGUGAGUAGGUAAGUGGGACAUUUGCCCUAGGUACAGAUUGUGCCUCUUUAUUCAAAGAUUCUUCCUGUUUAUUGUAUCACCAUGUUCUUAAUGACUUUCUCGCACCUGGGGUGUAGAACCAUGUAUAGACCUUUAUUUUCAUUGUCACCCUUUGGUUUUGAACUGCUUCCCUAUUUCCUGGCCCAGGAAGUACUUAAAGGACUGAUAUGAGAAAGGGCAUCCGUGAUUAUUUACUUCUACAUAUACUUACUAAUGUUUCCUGGCUCAAAGUAAAAUUACCAAAGAUAAUUCCCUAUAAGUCUCCAAGCCUUUUUAUGUUGUUGUUUUUAAAUGCAUCUUUCUUGUGCAUCUUUCAGUUUUUACCAGGUAAUUAGGAUUAAAACCAACAAAGAAAUGUGGAUUCAUUAUGUUCCCAAAUAUAAAAAGUACUGAGAUCCACAGAAAAAAUACAGACUUACUGUAUUUUCUUUACUUUUCUCUAUAUGCAUCCAUCCUAACUCCCUUCUUCCUCACAAGUUCUUUUCCUGCCUUAAGCGCAUUUCUAGAAUAUUUUAUUUUGUACCUUAAAGAUUAGUUGGUUUUAUUAUGGCACCAGUGGUAAGAGCACUGGUUUCCCUUUUCCCCCAAAGGUCAGCUGUAGAAUAUGUUAAGUUGCCACUGGCUGUAGGCCUAGUAAGCCUCUGCUUUUGAUUCUGGGUCAGGCUUCAAGCAGAAUGACUUUCCACUGUUUUACAGGGAGUGUGGAUAUUUGAGUUGGGUACUGACUAUUUCCUUUUAGUGUGAAAAAAAAAAAAAAAGAGAGUGAUCACACCAUAACUCUUGUUUGCAACGGUGUU